AUGGGCUCUGAUAAAAAAUCGAAAGAAAAAGUAACCAAAAAGUCCUCAAAAGGUACAAAAUCAGAAGAUGUGCCUAAAGAUUCAAAAGAGAAAAGUCCUGAAACAGAUUUUUCGUCGAAGAAAAGAAAAUUAGAAGAGGUGUCAACUACUGAAAAAUCAUCAGAAACAUCACCAAGUAAAAAAUUGAAGACUGAUGGGGAUUUUGUCAGUCGUAUUGCAGCCAAACGAACCAAUGUGUGUCAGUCAGUAACAGAGUUUAAAUUCAAUAAGAAACGUGUUCGAGUAUUAUCUCAAGCUAGCGAUGCCCCAGAUGAAAAUGAUGGAGUUGUAUAUUGGAUGUCACGUGAUCAAAGAGUACAAGAUAACUGGGCAUUUUUAUAUGCUCAAAGAUUAGCAUUAAAGAUGGAGGUUCCACUACAUGUCUGUUUCUGCUUGGUUCCCAAAUUUCUAGAGGCCACCAUCCGCCAUUUUGAAUUCAUGUUGAAAGGCUUGGAAGAAGUUGAAGAGGAAUGUCGAAACUUAGACAUUUCAUUCCAUCUUCUGAUUGGUUACGCUAAAGAUGUAUUGCCAGAGUUUGUGGGUAAGAAUAAGAUGGGAAGUGUGGUCACUGAUUUCUCCCCGUUACGAACACCAAUGUCCUGGGUAGAAGAUGUUAAAAACAACCUAUCUAAGGAUGUACCAUUCUGCCAGGUAGAUGCCCAUAAUAUAGUUCCCUGUUGGGAAGCUUCACCAAAAUGUGAAUACGGAGCUCGAACUAUCAGAAAUAAGAUAAAUAACCAGCUAUCAACUUACCUGACAGAGUUCCCUCCCCUUGUUCAACAUAAAUAUAAAGCUAAACAUAUAGCACAGAAAGUAGAUUGGAAGGCAGCUAUUGAGAGUUUGGAAGUAGACAGAACAGUCACUCUACCAGAUUGGUGUAAACCGGGGACCAACGGAGGACUGGAAACUCUGGAAUCUUUCCUGAAAGACAGAAUUAAAUAUUUCAACUCUGAACGCAAUAAACCAGAUAAAGAAGUUCUCAGUAAUCUUUCACCAUGGUUCCAUUUUGGUCAGGUGUCUGUACAGAGAAGUAUUAUCAUGGUGAAAGAAGUAAAGAGUAAAUAUAAAGAAAGUGUGGAAGGAUUUCUAGAAGAGGCGAUAGUACGAAGAGAGCUAGCUGAUAACUUCUGUUUUUAUAAUAAAAACUAUGACAAUAUUGAAGGUGCAUAUGAAUGGGCUAGGAAUACUCUGAAAGACCACUGGAAUGAUAAGCGUGAAUAUCUCUACACCAGACAACAAUUAGCUGAAUCAUCUACUCACGAUGAUCUCUGGAACGCUGCUCAGUACCAGCUAGUAACAGAAGGUAAAAUGCACGGGUUUCUAAGGAUGUAUUGGGCUAAGAAGAUAUUAGAAUGGACAGAGAAUCCAGAAGUAGCGUUAAAAGACAGUAUAUAUUUGAAUGAUAAAUAUUCUAUGGAUGGUCGAGACCCUAAUGGUUAUGUUGGUUGUAUGUGGUCUAUAUGUGGAAUACAUGAUCAAGGUUGGAAAGAAAGACCUAUAUUUGGUAAAAUAAGAUACAUGAAUUAUCAAGGAUGUAAGAGAAAAUUUGAUGUAGCUGCUUUUGUGAGAAAAUAUAAAGUGAAGAAGCCUUUGCCAAAUAUAUUUAAUAAAAAAUGA